AUGGCCGCCCCCCCCCGCCUCGGCAUCCAGAUGCUGCUGGAGGCCGCCGAGUUCCUGGAGCGGCGGGAGCGAGGUACCCCCCGCGCCCCUCCCGGUACCCCCGGUGUCCCCGGGCGCCCCGCGGUGACCCGCGCCCGCCGUUGUGUCUCCGCAGAAGCCGAGCACGGUUACGCCUCGCUGCGGCCCGGCGGGAAGGACGGGGAGGCCCCGCGGCGCCGCGCCAAGGCCCGGAGGAGCGGCAGCGGCGGCAGGUCGACGCACAAUGAGAUGGAAAAGAACAGGCGUGCCCAGCUCCGGCUGUGCCUGGAGAGGCUGAAGGGGCUGGUGCCACUGGGGGCUGCGGCCGGGCGGCACACGACACUCAGCCUCCUCACCAGGGCCAGGCUCCACAUCCAGAAGCUGGAGGACCAGGAGCGCCGGGCCCUGCACCAGAUGGAGCAGCUGCAGCGGGAGCAGCGGCACCUGCAGCGGCAGCUGGAGAAGCUGGGCAUGGAGCGGGUCAGGAUCGACAGCAUCGGCUCCAGCCUUUCCUCCGAGCGCUCCGACUCGGAUCGAGAAGAGAUGGAUGUGGAUGUGGAGAGCACGGACGACCUCCCCGCCGACCUGGACUGGAGCAGCAGCAGCCCCAGCGACUCGGACGAGCGCGGGAGCCUCCAGAGCCUGGGCAGCGACGAGGGAUAUUCCAGCUCCGGCGGGACCAGGGCCAGGCUGGCCGGCAGCCGUAAGCUUCCCGUCGGGAUAUAGGGAGCUGUUCCCGCGGCCGCCGUCCCCUUGGGAUCCCGUUAGCCAGCACACCGACCCUGCCAGCAUUCCCUGCACGGAAAUACCGAACAUCGCACAGCUCCAGCCGCUCCCGGGGCUCCGUCUGCACCGCCAGCCUCUCUGGCCGAGCCUUCUCCGCCAGGCCCGACAUUCCAGCCACGCCUGAAGCGCCCGGGAAUAUCCUGGCACUAACAGCAACCUCAGGAGCCUUCCCCGGGCUCCUUCCCAGGCUGUCACUGCCCGCUAUUCCCGAUCUUCUCUACGCUUGGGUGGCGACAUCGUGUUCCUAAUCCUCAGGACUGAAGAAGCUGAGUUUCUGGGAGCAGAUCCGAAGAGAGACCCGGUCCUUUGUGGAGUUUCCAUCCGUGACGGAGCGGAGCCAGGCUGGGAACACAGAGCAUUUUGGGCACAGGGAUCAGCCUCAGUCGGGGGUUCCUUCCCCCGACUCUAAAUAUUCAGGGACACCCCAUCCCAGCCCUCCUGUCGUCCCGGAGCGUUCCUGGCGUGGGGAGCAGCGCUCAGAGCCAUCCUCGCCCCUCGGGUCGGCCACCUCCGGGCUGGGAAGUUUCUGCCCUCCCUAAACCCGAAAGGGACGUCCCAGCUCCCUUUGUGGCGCGGCAUUCCAGAGCCCUGGAAUUCCUUUUCCACGCUUCUAGUCUCGGGGACAAUUUUUUCUACCUCGGAGGGAGCCCACGGACUCUCUCCACCCCUUCAGCACAAAGAUGAUGCCUCUGCUCAGCAAUAACCCCACGGGACUCCCCGGAUCGUGUCCAUCCAUCCGGGAUUUUUCCAGGCUCGCGGAGGAUUCCAGAAGCCACCACAGGGAGGGAAGCCCCGGGGGUCAGGGGGGUUCUGAGCCAGAGCACGCGUCGGCUGCCAGUGGUGUGGGUUCGUUUCCCGAUGCACUGGAGGGAGCAUCCCCACCACUUCCUGCUCCUGGAGAUGCUCUGGGAAUGUUGACAUGUAGAGAGCUCUGCUUCCAGCACUUUCCUUUUCCCCUGGAGUGCUCCAAGGGCUUUUCCAGCCCCGUGGAUCCGGCCAGACCCUGGUGAGGAGUCGGCAAGGAGCUCUCCAGGGCUUUUCCCAGCUCUGGGAUACAAACCCUGACCCUCUGCCAGUCCCUUUCAGGAAUCGCCAGUGCUGAAAGGCAUCGAGAUGCUCCAUGGAGUACAAGGGGAUGAGCAGCAGGAGACUCCAGUGCUUUUUCUUUUCCUUUGUCCUUUCCCCUUUUCCUGUUUCCCUUUUCUCCUUC